ACGCGGCCAGGAGGCUGGCCCUUUCUCUAGCUACUCGAAUACCACGUGGUUUCCUCACUGCAAACAAAAAAAUAGUGAAUUCGAGUCGGUUUAGAGGCGGUGCCAUCGCCAGGCAGAAGGAUCUGUGACAGUGCAGAGUACAACUCGAGGUUGAGGGGCAGAGAGAGGAAAACAUUUCUCCCGAUCCCGCCAUACUUCUACCACUAUUCCACCAUAACCACCAUCAAAUUAAUUCAAAUUGAUCAAUUUCUACAUUGUGCGAUACAUUCGCUUGCGUUGCUGCAGUCAAGGUUUCUCCACUUCAGUAUUGGACUUAAUCAGACUACAUCACCAUUACUUUCAACUUUUUCCUCUUUCUUUAGUUUUACUUUGAAAAUAAAUGUCUUCCGUUUUCUUUUACUGCUUGUGGACAUUUGCAAGUGUUUUCAACCUGUGAUCAUCCUGGGUAGAUCUAUCUUGUUGCGUUUUCAAAUAAAAAAAAGUUUUGUUGCUCUGAUUUUUUCAUUUCAAUUGGAGGACCUCUAUUUUUCAACAUGAACAAGCUAUACAUUGGAAAUCUCAAUGAAAACGUGACUGCGGAGGACUUGGUUAAAACCUUUGAUGACAACAAGAUUCCAUACUCUGGGCAGUUUCUUAUGAAAACUGGCUACGCGUUUGUUGAUUGUCCGGACGACCAAUGGGCUAUGAAAGCCAUUGAAGCAUUUUCUGGUAAAGUGGAGCUCCAUGGGAAACAUAUUGAGGUCGAACACUCUGUCCCUAAGAAGCAAAGGACCAGGAAACUCCAGAUCAGAAACAUUCCUCCGCACCUGCAGUGGGAGGUGCUGGAUGGUCUGCUGGCCCAAUAUGGAACCGUUGAGAACUGCGAACAAGUGAACACAGACAGUGAGACUGCGGUGGUCAACGUCACAUAUGGAACUCGGGAACAUGCCAGACAGGCAAUCCAGAAGCUGAACGGCUACGAGUUUGAGAACAAUUCCUUGCGUGUCUCCUACAUCCCAGAUGAGACGUCUGAUGUCGACUCCCAACACGGCCCAGACAAUAGUCGUCGCCCCAGUUACGGGCCCCGAGGAACCCGUGGCGGUUCCCCGGGCUCAGGCAUGCCCUCAAAACACCAGCACGCUGACAUCCCCCUCCGACUCCUGGUGCCCACCCAAUACGUGGGGGCCAUCAUCGGCAAGGAGGGUGCCACCAUCCGCAACAUCACCAAACAAACCCAGAGCAAAAUCGACGUCCAUCGCAAAGAGAAUGCCGGCGCAGCUGAGAAGCCAAUCAGCAUCCACUCCACCCCUGAGGGCUGCUCCUCUGCCUGCCGUAUGAUCCUGGACAUCAUGCAACAGGAGGCUAAGGACACAAAGACUGCCGAAGAAGUACCCCUGAAGAUCCUGUCUCACAAUAACUUUGUAGGCCGACUGAUCGGCAAGGAGGGGCGCAACCUGAAGAAAGUGGAGCAGGACACCGACACCAAGAUCACAAUCUCCCCACUCCAGGACCUGACUGUGUACAACCCAGAGAGGACCAUCACAGUGAAGGGACCCAUCGAGGCCUGUUGUCUGGCCGAGACAGAGAUCAUGAAGAAAGUGCGUGAGGCCUAUGACAAUGACAUGGCCGCCAUGAAUCAACAGACUCAUCUGAUUCCCGGACUGAACCUUGGAGCGCUUGGACUUUUCCCCCCUUCCGGUUCAAUGCCCCCUCCCCCAUCAGGCAACUCUGCAUCCCCCUACGGCUCUUUUGGGGCCCCUGAGCAGGAGACAGUCCAUGUGUACAUCCCUGCCCAGGCGGUAGGAGCUAUUAUUGGCAAGAAGGGACAGCAUAUAAAACAGCUGAGCCGCUUCGCUGGAGCAUCAAUCAAGAUUGCCCCAGCUGAGGCUCCUGACUCCAAGAUGCGAAUGGUCAUUGUAACUGGCCCACCUGAGGCCCAGUUCAAGGCUCAGGGCAGGAUUUAUGGCAAACUGAAGGAGGAAAACUUCUUUGGGCUAAAGGAGGAAGUGAAGCUGGAGACACACAUCAAGGUAGCCGCUGCCGCUGCCGGCCGAGUCAUCGGAAAAGGCGGAAAGACGGUGAAUGAGCUUCAGAACCUCACUGCAGCUGAGGUAGUGGUCCCUCGCGAACAGACCCCAGACGAGAAUGACCAGGUUAUUGUCAAGAUCAUCGGCCACUUCUACGCAAGCCAGUUGGCCCAAAGGAAGAUCAGGGACAUUCUUACACAGGUCAGGCAGCAGCAGAAGGGAGGCAUGGGGGAGCGCCAGGGGGAGCGCCAGGGGGAGCGCCAGGGGCCACACCCCAGCCAGGUCUUGUCUGAGAUGGGGCCCUCCCAGGGACUGGCACAGGAGCCCCGGCCUCAGAGAAAGUGACGGGGCAGAGGGACCUUACCGGACGGACAGACAGAAAAACGGAUGGAGGAUAGAUGAACAGACGGAUAAAAGAGAGCGACACACGGACCCAGCGAUAGACAGGGAGAGAUGCGAGUCAAACUGAGUCAGAGAGAGGAAACGCCUGAGAGAUGACAAAGUUUAGAGAGGAUAAAAAGAGAGGAAAAGUAAACUUAGAGAAACAGAGACCAGAUGCCAGGCCAGAGCGACUGACUAGGAAUGGUGAGUUGUUUGGAGGAUGUGGCAGGUAGAGGCCUCCUUUUGUGUUUCAGAGAGGGUCUCUCUCACACCAAUGGGGGGCAUUUGGUUCUCCUCAUAUGGAGAGUGACUACUCUCCCUGAUCACACUUGGAUGGGCCAGCCUACUUGAUACUAAACCCACACUGAGCUGUUAACCAUCUCCAGCCAGUCCGAUAUUUUAAGGGUGUUUUUUUUUAAGAUAAAGAUAUAUGUAUAGAAAUGUUUAUUCAGAGGUAUUAUUAAUAGAAUGCAGUGAUCGGGAGCCGGGAGAGGGGGCCGGGAAGCCAUUGCAGUGGGGGCGGGGUCAUGGAUUAGGUGACCGUUCGUCAGCCAAUGAAAGUUCAGCAGAGGGGCCGCAGUUGUUAACACUGCUCUUUGACUCCUUCGUAGAAAACUACAAAGAAAAAAAUAAAAUAUGAGGUUGUAAAUAGAAUCUUCAUGAAAUGUAAUGAAAUGCUGCCCUCGAUCGCCUUGCCUUUUGGGGUCGCCUCGAGACUCAGGUCUGCCUCGUUUCCGAGGCACUGUUUGUUCCUGAGGUCCCGAUAGGCGUCUGGUGGUCAGAGCAGUGAGAGAUCAGUAAGUGCGUGGAGGCCGCGGCUAGUCCUGCAGUUCUAUUGCAGAGGCUUAGCUCCGAGACGCGGACGAGAACAACCGUUAACUAGCUAGCCAUGCUCGCUGGCGAGCGGCCCACGCCUAAACGGCAUAUUUUAUAUAUAUUAUAUAUAUAUGAUAUGUGAGUUAACCCGGUCCCUCGGGAGAAUGAAUUGAGGGCAAGGAGAAAUACUGUGGACAGUUGAGCCAGAUAUGUAGCAGUCCUGCAAUGACUGACAGACAAGAGGUCUUAUUUGAUUUUGCUCAUUGCCUUUUUCAUGCUCAGACCCAAUUUAGACCAAAACUGGUUCUUUGGAAUCCCCUGUGUGUUCUGGAUUUUGUUUUAUUGGAUCUACGAAAACAUUAAAAACUAAAUCCAUUGGUUAAUUUGAUACCAAGCAGGAUUGAACCCAUACUUACUGUGGUCACAAACGAGUUAGGAGACCAGAUGGAAUCAAAAACAGUACACACAGUGGUCUUUGAGGACCACGACUGCAUGGGUCAGGUGAGUUGAUCCACAGUCCUUUCCUCUAGAUGGAAAGGUAAUAACAGUUAGUGGGGAAUGGCUUCUUCUCGCUCUCUCUCCCCUCCGCUGAAGGCCUGCUGGUGACGCUUCCAGACCCCACCUAAUGAAGGAGGGGUAGAAGCAUGGGGCGCUCUCACCGUUACUAGAAAAGAUUAGAUAAAAUGAAAUAAAAAAUAAAAACCUACCUCAGGGUAUUGUUACCUCAGUAUUCCUAACUUCUUUUUUUUGCUUGCUGGUGUUUUAUAUAAAGCUGAUAGUCCUGAAUAUUUUUUAUUUUUUUAAGGAAAGAAAAAUACUUUUUUUAGGUUUUGUCUUGUUGCUUUGGUUAUUUUUUUCUGUUUUUUUUUGUGUGACUUUUAUUUUGAAAAUCAGAAUGACCCAGAGGUGAUGCCCCAGAAGAAAAAGUGAAAUCAGCCAACAAUGGCCAGGUGAUAUAGGACCAUGUCAUGUGUUGUCAUGCCUGCUUUGGGGGCAGCCUCUGGCUCUUCUGAAGUAUGAUUGGAGCAUUCGGUCUUUAAAAUCAGAGUAUUGGCCAAUGGGGAAUGGCGCUGUUAGUCAAGAGGGUCUCUGGGCACAUUUUGGUCCAUACCAGACCAUGGGUGUGGGUUAUGAUCAGGUCCCGGUAAUUAUGUUUUUGACAUGGUCAAAAGGUUAUUUAUGAUUAUAUAUGUUUGUCAUACAAGCUAUAAUUUGUUAUACUGCUGAACUAGAAUACUGACAGCAUGACAGGACAGGUUUUUGAGGCAGAAUUCCCAUGAUAUGACUAUGACCACUGUGUAUCCGAGGCCCUCUUGUCUGUUUAAUGAUGACAUCAGCUUAAUGCGCAGAAUGUUUACUUACAUGUUGCAGUCCAUCUUUAGUGCUGUGCCAGAGAAAUGUUGAUGUAAGACUGAAGGGCGUUCAAUCUGUCCCCUUACUCUGAAAACACUGAAUGUGAAUAUUUAUUAGCUCUGUGCACUGACCAAUAAGCCUCAGCCCUCCCCAUUUCUCAUGAUCUUGAUCUGUGAAUGUGAUCGUGUGUGGGUUUGGGUGUUAGUGUUUUUUUUUGUUUAUUGGUUUUAAGUGUUAAAUUUUUUUGUGGGGGAAGUGGUGGGGUGUAAAAAAAGCAGAAAAAAGUAGAAAGAGAACCUAUGGACUCGUUUGUCUUUCAACAAACAGAGGGGUGUUCAAAAACCUUUUAAAAAUGGGAGCAAAAAACAAGGAAGUUGAAAGAAAUGCAUAAAAUAAAUAGAUUCAACCUGUUCAUAAGAUGUAAAAGGAAACCGAUCACCAGACUUUUGUAUUUUUUGAAAUAACUAUGGGGGAAAAAUGAUGAAGAAAUGAUGGAAAAGCCGAAGAGUAAAAAGUUCCAGGUCACUGAUUGACACUGCCAGAUAGCAUCAUUUCCAUAGCCUGAGCUACUCACUAACCACAUCCAGUAGACGGGCCAGCGGCUUUGAAACAUACUUUCUUACCAUCGACAGGUGAAAGUCUAUUCUACUGUUUAUGCUUCCAUUUUUUUUUCAAGAGACGGCAACUUCUUGUUUUGCCAUGGCAAGAGCUGACUUCACAUGUUUAGAGGUCUCCUUGGCAACGAGCAUAUGACUCCAUGUCAUGUGGGGUACAAAUGCUCCUCAGAAGUUUCAGUCUCUUUCCGACCCAUAGAGCUCUGUUCACAAACACCAAGACACACUAUUUUGGAUUAUUCAGACUGCAGCCAUUUUUUUUGUAUAUUUUUUUUUUUGUAUACAGCAAGCUUUAUUUGGACAUGACAUCUGGUUAAAUACUGUUACACUAAUUGAAUAAUGUAAACAACUAAAUAUUGAAAUGACAGAGAACCUCCAGGGCUUUUUAAAACUUGAUGCAAUUUAGUAACGGAGGCGUAGAAGAGUGACAGGAGAUGGGCCAAUCUUUUGUGGAAAGCGGGGGAGGGACUAUUAUCUACUAUGUCAGAGACUGACAUACAAAUAGCGUACCCUUGUUUGACGUACAAGAAUUGCCUAUUUAUGUUAGGUCACUGGAAAUGCAACUGUAUACCAUAUAGUCCAGUCAAAGUAGACUUAACAUCACACACGUAACCUCCUCCCCUCUAGUCUUCUUUCACUAUCUCACCACCCUGGUUUAAGAUCCUUCUACUCACACUCUCUUACUACCAGGAUUUUAUUUGUACUUUUCUGUACUUCACAGGACUAGGAGGACCUUUUUAAAAAAUCGUUUCAUUUUGGGGAGUUGAGGGGAACUACGGAGUCCUCCACCCUCUCUUACGCUGGCCUCGAUUGUGUUCGUUUUCUCACUUCUGUUCAGAUGUUUCUAGUUUUAUUACAUAUACUUUUUUCAAUUUGUUUCCGUUGCUUUAGUUUGGAAAAAUUGCUGAUUACAUUUUUUUCUGAUCAUAUUUUUUAAUGCACAGAUCUCUUAAACAGCUACUAAAUAAAUACAAAAUGCUAACAUGUAACGCAUUACAUGAUGUAAGUAAUAACUGUGCCAAACACAAGUUUUUAUACUCAAAAAGAGAAAGAAUAAGAAUUUGGUUCUAUCUGUAAUGGAUGACACCUGGUCUGUUCACUGAGUGGCUUACUCUUCAGGCCUCACACUUUGAAGCACUAUAACAUGAAAUCCAUGCUCGUUGUCUGUGGCAAAGCGAAUGGCUCACUAUUGUGUCCACAAACAAAAUUUCUCUCAUGUCUGAACUGAAGUCCUUUUUUAUGCAAUUUGAGUGAUAUGUUGACAAGCUAUAUUCAUGGUCAACAUUUGGCAUGUGGACUGUUGUUUAUCCACUUACAAAACAAAGCCACAACAAGAUGACAAAACUCUUUUGAAACUUCCCAUCAAAGCUUGUAGCUUCGCAUAUUGAUGACAGAUUCAAUGACGGCUAUGAUUAUUGAAACAAAGAUGCACACCACAAUGGUUUUUUCCUCAUUGGUAGACUCUGGUCUUCACUUAAACGAAACAUCAUAGAUGGGUGCUACAAAGAUGAAACAAACCUCACACAUAACUGGGAACGCUACCUCAAGACUUAGCCAUAAGAUUGUUUUUAUCAACCAGACAAGAGCAAACAGUGCAUGUUACAGUAUUUUCUUUCACUCACUUUAAUUUAUUUUUUUAUUUUCAUUUACCUCUCCGGCUUAGAGUUGGGACUGUAAAAAUACAAAUAAAUACAGAGGGUGAAGUGGGGUGCAGGAGCAGGGAGGGGGAGGACUAUGUGUGGGGAGUGACUGGGUCUAUUAUGGACAUCCUCUAGUAAGCCUGGGACAUGUUGGUUUGAGUGAUAAGGGGGCACUGAGGAUUGGAACAAAGUGAAUACAUGGGAAACUAAACCCUUUGUGGCUCUUUUGGUGGAGCAGGGUUGUUCGGUCUCUCUUGAAUGAGAACCCGAGGCCCCUGAAAUUGCUUCUAUCCCUCAGUAGAUACACCACACUCUGUGCCUGUUCCACAUUUCUCCGUGACCCCUUCGGAUAACCAGCUCCCCCAUAGGCCCUCACCUUGGGGUCCUGAGACCCAGUGUCCCACCCUCCUCCUCCCACAGUCCUCCUCUAGCUCUGCCCCUCUUCCACCAUCUCUCCCUUUGUCUUCACUUCCUGAAUCAAAGGGCACGAUACCUGUAACCCUGUAAAAAAAUAUGAUCUACCUCUUCGGAAAAAAUAGGUAAAAGGUCAAAUUAAAAAAGGAAACAAAAAGUUUAACAUUUGAAAAUGCUCAAAUAAAAAGUAAGUAAAUGAAUAAAUAACUGGGUAGCGGCAUCUCCAAAUACUGCAGUUCAUAGUCUAUUAAAGAGAAAGAAAAACUUUAACUUCUUCCAAAGAUGAUUUUGUUUUCUCUGUUGUUAGAAGUUGUUUUGAAAGGAUUAUGAAAUGGAAAAAUUCAAGGGGAGAGAUAAACUUAAGUAUUUUUUUCUCAAAAAACAAGAUAAACAACAUUUAAUUAUCCAAUUGCAUUUUUGUUCUUCAUCAGACUUAUGUUUUUAGCCUCAAAAUUCUUCAUCUUUUUUUGUUUGAUUUAUUUUCUGAUUGCUUUUUCAAAUGACAUAGGAUUGUAUUUCUUGUGUUUGGAUGCAUUAGGAUUCUCUCUCUGUGAACUGCAACAUAAUAACACUCAGUGAAUCCUUUCAGAGCAGCAUGAUGUCUAAACGAUUAAAUUGUUUAUUUUAAUUUUUAAUGAUUCAUUUGAAAAGAAAGGACCUGUUUAGCUGGUCAGUCUCCAGAGGAGCUGGAGGAGGAGGACAUGAAGAGAGAGAGGCCCAUCUAUCUAGCUCUUCUCUGCUGCCAGCCCUCCUCCACCUCUGGGGACUUGGCCUUUCAACUUCUGCCUGCCUGAUUUCUUUAGUUCUCAUCAAGACUUGUUUUAAACUCCUUGUAAACAAAACAGAGCAUAGAUAUGAAUGUGUUAUUAAAAGACGAGAAAAACGGAA